AAAAGUAAAUGCCAGAGAAGUACGAGUCCGCGUAGCCCCGCUGUUUCAUGCAGACUCAUGUGUACAAUGGCCCCAAAGUGUAUAGGGGGCUGCGCCGCGUUGUUUUUCCUCGGGAUUACAUUUGAUAUAAUCGGGUUCGCUUUGCUCUUUGUCGGCAUUUUCGCCAAUCUGCGAUUGAACGGCAGGUUUUACGGAGACUUCUUGAUCUACACCGGCUCUUUAAUAGUUUUUCUCAGUCUUUUCUGGUGGAUCAUGUGGUACACCGGGAAUAUUAAAGUUUCCUCGGAGGAUAUGGAGAAGAGGACGUUUGAUAACUUUGCGCACUGGGCGCGGAAGCUCUCGGAGCGGCUGUCCAAAAACGGGAUGAACGGCGAGAAGCGCUUGGACGGCAUUAAGAAGUCGCUGAACGGCGACGUGACACAUCACGCUCCGACGCGGAUAACGUGGGAAAGCUCCGGAACGGCGGGGUGCGCGAACGAAGCCUACGACCGAAGCUCCGAUGCGCCGCCGAGCGAGAAGACCGUGGAGCUGGAGAUCCUGAAGAACUCCGAGAUGUUCCUGCAGAGCGGCGGCAAAACGGAGAGAUUCCUCUGAACGGCGAACGGCCUGUUUUACUUCUGUUGGUCAGAGUCUAAGAGGAGGAGGAAACGCAGCAGUAAGACUGGAAUGUUUUCAACCUUCAUCUUUGGACUGACUGAGAAAUCGAGUCAUAAAUCAGGGAAUUUUUUAAAUGAGCA